CGAGCCAGGAAACCGGGAAAGAUUAAGGGCUCACCGAGUACCAGGCCCGUUUGAAGCAGCAACUCCCAUAGUGGUUCGCCUUCUAAACGGAGUGACAAUGUCGCCAAUCACCAAGGUCUACUUGAAUGUCCGCAAAACCGGUGAAGGAGCAUCACCGCUCAAAUGUGGCCUUGAUGCGGAGGCCCAAAGCAUCCACGUGGUCCUCCCAGGAUUGAUGGCCUCUCAAAAAUCAUAUCAUUUCGACGGAAUGUUUGAUCCUCAGCAGCCACCAAAAGAAGCAGCCAGAGUUGUUGUUAAAGAUCUUCUCGCGAAAUGCCUCAAGGGGUAUAACACUACGCUGUACCAUUUUGGACGACAGGUGGAUCGAGAUGUUUUGACUUCCAGCACAGGCAUAGUCCAGCUUUUCAUCAAACACGUUGUCCAGUAUUUGGAGGCCACAUCGGAUCCUUAUGAGCCGUCUACUUGUCACGUCCAGCUAGUAGAGGUGGUUGGGGAGCUUAUACGAGACCUAUUGAAGAACGGACACGACAGUGUGGCUGUCAAGCACGAUGACCACGGAUGGCUAGAGCCAGAAGAUGGGACAUAUUUGGAUGUCCGAGAAGAGUGGAGCUGCUUGGAAAGGAUCUUGAAGGCGACGUCGGCAGUAGCCAUAUUGAAUCAAUCGGCCAGCGACGCCCCAGAACGACUCUCAGUUCUUGUAUACACGUUCAAGUUCCGGUUGUCUCCAUCUAGACGGCAAACGAGCGGCUCAGAUUCGUCAGCCGAAACUCUGUACGCUAAAUGUAGGAUCGUAGACGUUCUAUGUGAACCGGAACUCUUCGCGGAUAAUCCGGAUCAGCUCGCGCUGCAAUACGGCGCAUAUCAAUCAGGACCACUCUCUUUACUAUGGAACGCCAUAAAAGCCUGCUCCAUGAAUGAACGAGAGCAUCUCGAUUUCGGGACCUGCGUUGCGACACAGUUUUUGAAAGACGAUCUUGGAGGCAAUGCCUACCCGGCGUUUAUGUUCUCUGCCGAUCUGUCGCAACCAGCAAAGUCUCUGAUGCGGGUUCUGGAAACGAGCAAGCUUGUCAGAAAGUUCAGGGCAUGCCCGGUGCAAAAUACUGAACACUUUCUGGAACUUCAGCGCCGAGCAAACGCAUUGAGAAACAAGAGCAAGGGAGCCGACGAAGACGCCCAUUCAUCUGGAAACGAUUUGCUCAACAUUUCGAAACUGAAAUCCAUGCUCGAGUACCUGCAUCGCAGGACCACUACAUUAGAAACGAUUAAAGCGGAGCUUCAAAGCAAGCUCAGGCAAUCCGAAGAGGAAAGACUUACAUUGAGAAAGGAGAUCUUGGAUGUCAAAAUUGAGGCAUCCGAGGCUUUCAGGGCCGUGGGCGAGCAAAAAGAAUCUGAGGAAAGCAGAAGCGACAAUCUACGAGAAGCUUCGGAUGCUUUGAGGCAGGCUCGGGCGGAAAAGGCAGAGGUUCAGAGUGACUUACGUGAAGCGCUAGCGGCGUUGAGCAACAAGAAGAGUGUCAAGAGCUGGAGCGCGACUUGCGAGCAGAUCGAAAUGCCAGCAGGAAGUUGCAGCAGGACAAAGACGAAAUAGAGCGCGAGCUGCGGCAUACACAGGAGAGAAUGACUGCGUUGGUAGACAACGAGCAUGAACUGGAUAGAACACUGCAGAAGCUGCAAAAUAGAGCUGCUCAGGUGAAUUUGACAUUUCAACCGA